AUGGUUUUCUAUUACCCCAUCCCCCUCAUCCACGCACCGUCUCAACACCUCCCACACGCCCUUGAUGGCGGCGGCGGCUGCCGGCACCUUUCUUAUCCCUUAAUCGUGCCCCGCCACCCGCUUGACAAGCUCCCCAAGAAACCCGCCCCCUCCUCCUUGCUGCCACCCAGACAGAGCCCCGAAGCGCGGCGCCAACUGGCAAAAGGCAAGCGCAACUUCUUCUCCACUCUCCUCUCGCGCGCCUCGGGCUCCAACUCCAACCCCACCUCGCCCGGCCCCUCCUUGUUCUCCGGAUCCGCAAGUCGCAAUCCCUUUGAAUCCACCUUCAACCGUCCCUCCAAUCCCAAUCACCACAGUCGCGCUCCGAAUCAUUGCUCAGGCUUCGAGACCUAUGGCACGUCUAAUCAGGCCACGGAUCCUGCCCAUCCUGACAGGACAGCUAGCCCCGGAUUAAAUCCCUCAUACACCACCGCAUCAACCCUGGCGUCUAUGAACCUGAAACUGACCCCCUUGACGCCCACCCUGCCCGUCUCUCAAAACUCGCAGCCGCUCUGCGGUGCGAUCCUUGACAACAAGUUCCUGCUGAUCAGAACCAACAACGGGCUGGACUUUGUCCCACUUACCGCCUUCGCCAAGUCCUCCAAUAGCUCGGAUUGUUCCCGUGGCUCGGUCCAUACCGUCAAGCCAAUCAGCCUGAUCAAAAAGACCAGGUUCAAGAGCUUGAAGGUCCUCGAAGUCAGGAGCAAUAUCUUGCUGGCCAUUGCUGGGCAGAAUGAUCAUCUGAGAGUCUAUGCGCUCGAUGGGAUCAGAGCAAUCACGUUGGCCCGAGUCACCCCGCACAAGGGCAAGGAGCGCGUCUCCAAUCCUCAAGCACAGCCCACCGCAUCCAACUCACCCCAAUACUCCCCGCCUCCGCCCUAUGGCAGUAAGCUGGGGCCUGGUCAAACGAUGGCCAAAUCAAGCUCCUGCGAACCUGCCUCCCCUGCGAACCAUCAGGCAAGCCCGGCAUCCCGAUCCCCAGGAAAAUCAGCCCUGCGCCGUAGCAGCACCGUGGGCAGUCGACUUCCAAGCGCAUCAGCGGCUUACGAACUACCCGACACUUGUCGAAGCAGUUUGUACAGCGCCUCCGAUGCAUCCUCUUUCAUCUCGCACCUCGGACUCGUAGCCCCGACGACACUCACAUCAGCCCUUCAGUCGCUCAGGGCCGAGAAUUCUGAUUGGCUCCCUCCAAAUCAUCCGGCUCUUGGCCAAGCGCCCGUCCAAGUUGGUCUUGAACAAGCAGCAACUGAAGAAAGCGGGAAUGGAUCUUCCCAACCCGGACCGCCUCCGAUCCUCAAUAUUGAUGAUGAUCUCGCUCAUUGCUCGAACAUCACGGGUGCUAACCAUGUCGGGCCGGUCGGCAAACCUGAUCAGGGCACUCGAGCAAUCCCCGGACAAGGGGGCCCGGCUGCGUCCCAAGGAAGCUCGUCAGCAGGGGGAACGUUAUUGACCCCGAAGCCAAGCCGGGCCGGGAUGAAUGAUUCUGAGCGCAGCUUGCCUCCUCGGCUCAACGGGGCUCUCCUGCGAAUCCGCUCCAACAACGAACACAACUCACGGCGAGUCAACUCCCUCUUUUUUAUGGCCCCGUGGACCCCGUCCUGGUCGACCCUUCCGUCAAUCAUUAUUGAACCUUCCCCGCACUCAAAGAGGCCCUCAUGGCCCCCCUAA